UCAGUUUUCCACCACACAGCGGAGGGUGUUGAAUGAAAAGGAAUUAUUGCCAUUAAGCGUAUUUUGAAUCUUUCGUUUGUUUUGUAAACAAAGUCGUAUGUCGCCACUAGAGUGUUAUAAUGGUGUUGAUCAGGCGCGGGGAAGUGUGAGCAGUACUUUCUACUCUCUUUGAUUUUGUGUAGUUUCCCAGAAGUUGGAUACACACUUGAGAUUUUGCGCUGACCAUAUUUUAUAUGCCAAACAUUAGCAAUUCAUCGACGAGCGGCGUAUUUUCAUUGUUUUAUAAGAGUUGUUCUGAAAAUGUGAGAACGAGUUUGCGGAAGUGCAUAAUUGAAAACAUUUAUUGAAAUGUUUAAUGCUAAUUGUUUCAAUAUCGCAGAAGAAAUGCUUGAUUAAAUUAGCAUACAGAGUUAAAGGAUGUGUAACCAAGAUCAACGAAACAUGUGAAAUUAAGUGUAGAAAAAAGUUACCUGAAGAUUUCAAAAAUAGAGUUAAAUAAAUGUGAAGUUGCAAACCAAGAUGAAAUCCUAUCUGCUACGAAAACUACAUCCCUAUGGAUGCUUGUAAAAAUAGCAAACAUCAACUGAGUUGUGUGAAACGGUGAAUUUGUGAGGUUGGGGUUGCACUGUUAAUAGUGACAAUAGUUGACCGUGCUGCAGUAUUAUGGUUCUAGAACACCAAGGAAUGUUGCAGAAUCUACAGACGCUCGGUUCACAGCCGGCGUUACAACUGUACGCGGCAGCAGCGGCGGCACAUUUAACGCCGCGAAACCGGGUACCGCAAUGGGCACCAUUUUUACAGUUUGGGGUUCCUGGCGUUUUCGGCGGACCGUUUCUGUCAAGGCCUCGUUUCGGUCCGCCGGGUGCCCCGCAAAGCCUUGCAGCCUUAAGUGGAUUAAACAAUAUCAACAGUAACACACAUCAAAGCAUAUCACCACAACGAGCAAUACAGGGUCCUCCAAGUGAAGAUUCCAAUGACGAUCGAGGAUCUGCGGCAGACGGAGACGACGAAAGCAGUGCAUCAAAACGGAGGAGAUCGAGAACAAAUUUCAACUCAUGGCAGUUAGAAGAACUAGAACGAGCUUUUUCAGCCAGUCAUUACCCAGACGUAUUCAUGCGGGAGGCGUUAGCGAUGAGGCUGGACCUUAAGGAGAGCCGAGUGGCGGUUUGGUUCCAGAACCGGCGAGCAAAGUGGAGGAAAAAAGAACACACUAAAAAGGGCCCCGGAAGACCCGCUCAUAACGCUCAUCCCCAGUCCUGCUCCGGAGAACCCAUCCCACCAAAUGAGCUCCGAGCGAGGGAAAAAGCGCGACGUCGGAAAAAGCUAGCCAAAGCGUUAGAACGCCAAGCGAAGAAACUGCGUGCGAAGGGAAUAGCGGUGGAUUUAGAGGUCCUGAGGACCGAAUAUUUAUCCCAACAUCGAAACAAUUCUAGUUCAGAGAGUGAUGGCGAGGGCGACGAUGACGAUGAUCCGAUAGAUGUCGUUGGCGGCGCCGAAUCCAACGAUACAUCAAAAGACUGCUCACUUGAAAGGCGCGACAGCAUUGAUGAUGUUUUAGAUGAAAACACUGACUCACAUAGGAAUAGUAUGAGGCCAAAUCCAUUUAGUAUAGAAUCGCUGCUAUACAAUAGUACGUGAAAAGACUAUACAAUAGUACGUGAGAUCACACAGUGCGCCGGAACUCAUAGUUUCCUAUCAUUACCUUAAUUCAGAUGCUACCAUUGUGUACAACAAUUCGAUAAUUUAAGUUAUUAAACAUAUUUUUUGUUACAAGCCGUAUU